AUGGUGUCGAAUACGUCUGCAGCAACUGAGCCCAGCUUCCAAGCUAUCGAAGUGGCUUCUGCUCUCACCUUAGCUAUCGGACUAGUCCAGCUUAUGAUAGCCGUGCUUGGGCUUGAUUUUCUCACAACGUACUUCUCCGAACAGAUUGUCGCCGGCUUUACUACUGGUGCCGCUGUGCAUGUGUUCGUGACUCAAUUGAAAGACAUCACAGGGAUUUACGGCACACCAAGACGUGAUGGUAUAGGAAAUGCGAUGUUGCGUGUCUUCGAUAUCGCGGUUGAAAUCUACAGGACGAAUCUUAUUACUAUCCUGGUGUCAAUUGUGGCUAUGGUAGUACUGUAUAUUGGCAAGAAGUUUAUUAAUCCUCGAGUUUUAGCGCGCUCCCCUGUUCCCAUUCCAUUUGAAUUACUCGCGGUGAUAUUUGGUGCGCUUGUUUCAUGGCUUCUUCACUUUGAAAAGAAGUUCGAAGUGCGAAUUGUUGGAGAUAUUCCGACGGGGUUGCCGCUACCAUCGCUUCCCCGCUUCGCGAUUUUACCACAUCUCAUUAAAGAAGCUGUUCCCAUUGCCAUUGUUAUCGUAGCAGUUCAUAUUUCGAUGGCAAAAUUGUUAGCUAAACAGAAUAACUACUCGAUUGAUAGUAAACAGUUGUUUGCUAUUUUUUCCUCGCUCUUUAUUUUCAUUGUUCUUCAAUUUGGUGGCACAUUUCUUCGACCACUUCCCAUG